GCGUGAUGUCACAAUGGCUCUCGGAGGCAGCGACAUCUGUGGCCAUCAUGGUCCUUCCCCAAGUGUUUUUAUAUUACGAGGUCCGUCCUCUGGCCCUGGGAGCGGUCCGUUGACUAUUCACAGCCUCAAAAAAAAUCAACGCAUUCCCGUGUUACGAGCAUCGUGAUCAAUGCUGUGCACACUUCGGUACAGCUGUGUAGCUACGAAGACCAUUUGUGACACUGUCAAUCAUUUCACGGACAGCCAUUCAGCUCGCUUCCUGGCCCUGCCGCUUGAAGUCCUGCAGAAGAUCUAUCUCCUGAUCCUGGAGUUCGACAUCAAUGACCACAACAACCUCAUGUGUGUCAAUCGGCAGAUACACCAUGAAGCUGAGAAAUCAUUCUUUCAGAGACCGCUCCGGUGUCGUUCUCAGGAUGACCUGUUUGAAUUUGUGGCUAGGCGACCAGCAAAAUUGCUAAACAACAUUACAAAUUUGCGGGUGACCUUGGUGGGAAUAUCAGGCACUGUGAUGCAGCCGUAUCUCGCCAGCAUAGUUGUUGGUGCCUCUGCAGUGACUGGCCAGCAUCCGUACGUUGUGGAGAUCAACCGAAUUGGAAAUGCGCUCGCAGGCUUGCCCAACCUCACUCAACUCUCCAUUCUCAAAUCUUCUGAUCCGAGCAGGACACUGCCAUCGAGUAUUGUUGUCAACGGUGUGCUCGAACAAGCUGCGGAGAAGUUCAAGAGAAUUCAGAUACUGAGGAUCGACCUUGAAGGAUGUCGAUUGGACCUGCUUGGGGCUUUCCCAAAUCUCCGAUCACUUUACCUGACAGGUUUCUCCGAGACCAGCCCACUGAAAAUGGCUGAUGUGGUCAGCAAGCUGAUGUACCUCGAAGAACUGCAUAUUCUCGGUCCUCCUCUAGGAUCACAGACGCGGCAGAAGCAUGGAUACCAGAGCAGUAUCGUUCAAUCUGUGACCCAUCAUCUCUUCGAACGAGUCACACCGCUCAAGUGCCUGUCUGUGAGGGAGGUCGCGGAUCCGAGGGGUAAGGGCAGCAACUUUCUGAACACGAAAACGAUGAAGGCGCUCUACGACAGACAUCGAGACAGCCUCACGGCACUGCACAUGUCCGCGACCGAUACCCCGUCCCAGCCGUUUCUUGCGUCUCUCUCGGCGUUCUUGACAGCCGCUCGGAGGCUUGAAGAAGUCUCCCUGCGAUGGCCGGAGAUGAAAGUCAGCUUCAUAGACUGUCUUCCCACAACGGUCACGCGGCUCGAGGUACGGGUGAGCUCGUAUCGUGAAGCACAAGCAGUAGUGGAUCGUCUUUCUGCGAAGAGCCAUCGCCUGCCGUGGCUCCGGCGCGUUACUUUCAGUGUCCCAAGCGAACCUCCCCAUGGUCCAGUGGAAAGCAAUCAGCAGCCUCUGACCUUCGGUCUGCCUGUGAAUAAGAGGACGGUGUAAGUGGCCACCAAAUCAGGAGCGGGUGUCAUGUGUACAAGACUGAAAGGAGACUCUGUGCUCAUACUUUUGCCUAUCAGAAAUGUCUCUUAUUAUUUGCAUAGCCUUUCAAUUGCGCUUAGCUGCAAAAACGCUCAUUCACAAG